AUGGGCACUCGGCUGAUCCCGGCAGGGAAAGAGCUGCCACUGCGACUUCACUUUGGCCUCAGCAACAUUGGACAUUCUGUGCACCCGUCCAUCUUCCACCAGAUCCAAUCUCUCCUCCCACCACAAACCGCAAAUAUGGUUGUCUACUACGAAGUCUUCGGCCAGAAGGUCGGCUCGCACAUCCUCUCCAUCGCGACCCUUUCCACCCUCUUUGUCGGCACAUGGGCCAUGUCUGGUGGCAAGAAGACUGCCGCUGCAAACCAAGGACCACCGAUCAACGCGAGCAACAAAGAUGAGGAGAACUUCAUACAACAAUUCUUAAAGGAAGCUGAGCAGGAUGCAAAGAAGGAGAAACACUAGGAGAGCAAGCAUAGUUACUGAAGGCUCGAUAAAUACCAGCUGAGUGUGCAUUCAUGGGAGACGAGGCACAUGAGUUCAGCCAGGUCACAUCGAUGACGUGAGGAUUGUAUAUAUACGUGGUAUACAAGCAGGUGUUGCUCCCAGCCACCCCGGCCAAGUUCAAUUCUUGCUUGAAGCGAAACUACAAGCGUAAAGCUCGAUCAAUACCUGCC